AAACGAGACUUUCAUCGUGCAAUGGCGACUGCCAAUAUGAAGCAACAUAAACGUCGAUCUCGUCGAAAAAUAGCCGCUGUUAACUUUCUAUCAAACAUAUCUCUGGAUGGAACACACAAAGACACAAAGUAUGCUAUGUUUAAUAGAAAAUUCCAUCGACUCAAAGAUGAAAACGUCGAAGAAAUCAACAAUAUAAAUGUAAACAAAGCUGUCUCAGGAAAACAAAUUCUGGACGAAGAAUUGUGUGAUGACGAAAGUGUCGAUGGGACUCGAAGUGUGGUACCCGUCGAUACGCAGUCAGCGGGUACCCAGCACAUUGUGUCUGUGCAGAUUGAAGUCAUUCCUAACGACGAACCAACCGUUACUCCAGAACCACUUCCGUCUAUCAAUGUCACUCCGACUAAAAGAUUUUCACGAUCAGGAUCAUACUCUGGAGAACAUGAGAGAUUAGCCAGGAGAAGGAUGAUUCAGCCUCUGAAUGACUCACUUGGACAAAUGCAAUCUGACAGGCUUGACAGGUACAGAAGGUCAAGUUCCCUUUCCAAUGAAUCCAGUGAUUCGGCAAACCGAGAUGCAUCCAUCAGAUUUAUGUCCCCCACGGACAGCAAGAGGUUGGCCAGGAAGGGCAGGUUGUUGCUUGUCUCUAAGAGGAAGAUUCCCAUUGCUGUUUGUUCCACUUUACCCUACAGUCGCACUAAGAUCCAAGGGAGGUCUGAAGAUGACAUCCUGAUCACCAGGACCAGACAUCACUCUGGCACCAAAUCUUCAGCUGAGGGACAGAUCCAACUGGGGCUACAUGCACUUGUGCGGGUUGAUGAUGGACAGGAUAUCUCAUACUGUGAGCUUCUGGUGGCAUCCAAAGAGGGUCUGCUGCGGCGGAGCAUGUCUGAGCAGGUGCCCCUUAACAUUCCAGACACCCCUUUGUGUACAGGUCGUGAGUUUGGUAGAAGUGUGUCCUACGAUCCCACCCACUUACACCGCUCGUCUGUGAUAGCAUCAGGCCUACAGAGAGUACCAGAGGAAGAGGUUGAUAUACCCUACGACCCCAGUGCACUUGAUGACCCAGAGCUUCAGUCUGGUCGAUACAGAAACCUGCUUAGAUUUACUUCCUACCUGACAUCUGUAAUUGACUAUGUCAAGCCAUCAUCAUUGAAGAAGGAAUUGAAUGAAAAAUUUAAAGAAAAGUUCCCUAAUAUCCAGUUGACCCUUACAAAGCUGAGAAGUCUGAAAAGGGAGCUACGGCAGAUUGCUUCUGUAAAGUGUGGACUGGAUAUCUGGGUUGUAGCACAAGCAUAUGUGUUUUUUGAAAAAUUGAUUCUGAAGUUGCAGAUAAACAAACAGAACAGAAAGCUGUGUGCAGGAGCAUGCCUGAUGCUGUCCGCCAAGCUGAACGAUGUUAAAGGUGAUCAGCUCACCAAACUUAUAGAGCACAUAGAAGAUGACCUACGUGUAAACAGAAAAGAACUGGUGAGCUUUGAGUUUGCUUGCUUAGUGUCACUAAAGUUUGCUCUGCAUACGUCGGACCAGGAGAUAUUUCCCCACUACCAACGACUAUUGUACCAGUCCUGACUAAGGCUGUAACAGCCGCAGAUCGACGAGCCCACAGACUAAUUACCACACUCUCAAAGACCACACUCACCAAUUGUAUCAAUCAAUACACUUUACCACGGCAAAGACUUCACAAAGAAAAACAUCCACUUUGGCCUUGGCCACAUCUAUAGGGCUCUUCAUUCAUUUUAACUUUUCGAUGUCUGGUUUACAAGUAAGGAUUAAGAUAAUUUUUGAUAACUGCUGAACUGUAAUUAUCUGCUGUUUAUACCUCAGAAUGUUCAAAAGUGUAUUUGUACAAACUAAUCGGUAUACCUAAUCUGCUUGGCAACGCCAAAAGGGAUGAUCUGCUUGAGUUUUAUAAAUCUGAGUGAUGUUCUUCAUACAUCUGUGUGUAAUCUGCUCUCUGUGGUGGCCCUUUGAGCUGCGAUUUAAAUACAGAGGAGACACAGAAUACUAGAAAUUUGACAUUUAUUGCAAGUCUAUAAUUGAAAAAUGCAAAGAUUUUUUCCUGUUUGAAUAUUUAUAUCAUCAUGAACACUUGCUUUUGUAAUAUUUUGCAAGUUUUGUCCAUUUUUUAUAUGUCAUAUUAAAUCUGUUACAAUUUGAUUGAUCCUAUGAUGUUUAUUACUGGUAUACCUAAACCAAAACAAAUGUUUUUUUUCUGAAUCAAGACUUUCAGAUUUUACUGUCGGAAUGUAAUGCUGCCAGCAGCUGUGUGUAAUCGGGUAUAGUUACCUGAUGUUUCAUAUAAACAUGUUAGACUUAUUCUAGCUGAUUUUACUAGGAGAGCAAUGGAGAAGUGUGGAGAAAAUCUACCAUUGAUAAUAUCACAAAGUUUUUCUAGAUUUGAGUUAUCCUAGCCAAAAACACUGAAUUUAUCAUAAUUUCAUCAGUUGUGGAAGUUUAGCCCCAUAAACAAUUGUUGUCAUUUAUCAAUUGUGGAAGUUGGCUCCUAAACAACUGUUGUCUUUCAUCAGUUGGUUGUUGAGGUUUGGCCCCUAAACAACUGUUGUCUGAGCUGGCAGCCGUAUUGUCUGUGUUGAGGUGAGUCUGUAUUGAGUGGGGAACUGGCAGCCAUAUUGUCUCUAUUGUGGUAGGAACUGGCAGCCAAAUUGUCUGUAUUGAGGUAGGAACUGGCAGCCAUGUUGUGUGUAUUGAGGUAGGAACUGGCAGCCAUAUUGUCUGUAUUGAGGUAGGAACUGGCAGCCAUGUUGUGUGUAUGGAGGUAGGAACUAGCAGUCGUAUUCUCUGUAUUGAGAUGGGAACUAGCUGCCGUAUUUUAUUUAGGUUUUAAUCUGCUUUAUUAAUGUUUGUACAACACGUUAGUCAAAGUUGUACAGCGACAUAAAUUACUAGUCGAAGAGCUUACAAGGUAAAUCAGCAGUAUUAUAUGUUGUAUGCCCGUAUCUUACAGUAUUAUGAUGUGGUACGCCCUGCUGAUAAAGUAAGAUUACCACUGCUAAAUGAAUGAGAGGUAAAUUGUACCAGAGAAAGCUUCAUGUAUCUGUCACAGAACAUUGUUUGUCAUGUGGCAAUACACUAGACUCAUUAGGUUCAGUGUGUAUGGUGAUAUAACAGUGUGGAACACAGGAACUUGGUACAAAUUCCAAUCAAUGGUCAAUGUAUUGUAUGUAUUAAUACAUGUAAUACAUCUGUACUGUGGGUUGUUAAUUCGUGCGACGUCCCUGUGGUAUGGAACAUCUUGGAUUCGACAAGGUAUGUAGUUUAUUUAUGUACCAGUUAUUAUAAUUUAGCAUAUCAAAAUACCAAGACAAACAAUAUUUUGUUGCAGAGAUAUGGAUGAGCAAGAUGAAGAUCUCGAUUACAUGUCUUUAGAUUUUCAGGGUUUUGCUUAAAAGUUUAAUUUUUGAUAGUUAAAUGAAAUGUGCAAAUACAUGUAUACAAGGAUAUGAAAUAUAACAUGCAUAACCAUGUAUGCUGUGUAGAUAGCAGCAGCAGACCUUGUUCAACCAGCAGAUUUUUGCAUUUGCAAUUUGCAAUUUUCACAAUGUAUUGCCAUAUGAAUUGCUGCCAUAUGUCUUUUUGUAAAAGCUGUACGUUUUUAUAUUCAUUAAGAUUGACCAAAUUGAAAAGUGUUAUAAGCAGGGUUGAUCCAUGUGUGAGGUGUUAAUUCUUUUGUCACAAUUGGUCAUUUGUAAAUUUUGCCACAAUAACAGAUAUUUACAUUUAUAUACAGGUACUAUUGUUUUUUACAUACUUGGUGAACAUGUUCAUAACAGUAAGGCAUAUCAAUGUGUGUAAAUACCGGUAUAAGCCAUUUCACAUAACUCCAGCUUCCAUAUCAUUAUGGCCCUAGCUACUUUCACAUAGCUCCAGCUUCCAUAUCAUUAUGGCCCUACUUUCACAUAACUCCAGCUUCCGUAUCAUUAUGGCCCUACUUUCACAUAACUCUAGCUUCCGUAUCAUAUGGUCCUACUUUCACGUAACUCUAGCUUCCAUAUCAUUAUGGCCCUACUUUCACAUAACUCCAGCUUCCGUAUCAUAUGGUCCUACUUUCACAUAACUCCAGCUUCCGUAUCAUUAUGGCCCUACUUUCACAUAACUCCAGCUUCCAUAUCAUAUGGUCCUACUUUGACAUAACUCUAGCUUCCGUAUCAUAUGGUCCUACUUUCACAUAACUCCAGCUUCCGUAUCAUAUGGCCCUACUUUCACAUAACUCAAGCUUCCGUAUCAUAUGGUCCUACUUUCACAUAACUCCAGCUUCCGUAUCAUUAUGGUCCUACUUUCACAUAACUCUAGCUUCCAUAUCAUUAUGGCCCUACUGACACGUCUAUUUCAUUUCAUUUUUGAAAUUUUGAUUACCCAUUUAUGAUUGAAAACAAACAAAUUCUUUAAGUGUUUUUAAUUAUAUAAUAAUUACUGGUAUCAAACUAAAAAUUGAAAAUAACAUUGCUACAUGUUACCUCAGCAUUUUAUCAUUAGUUCCAUUGACGAUGUUUACCACAUACAGCUGCACAGAAUCAAAUUUUGUCUUCGGGGAAAACUGCAUGCUAUACACAAAUUUUUUACUAGCACUUCUUUGAGAAAAUUAUGCAUGCUCAACACAUAAAAAGCUUCUUAUACAUGGAGUAAAUCAAGAAGAAUGAACAGAUAGGUUUAUCUUAGGAUUUAAAUAUCAGUGAUUAAUACAGUUUUUUAUUUGGCAUUAAAUGUUAUAGAAUUUUCUCAUUAUUUCCAAAAAAGAAUUUUUUUAUACAGAAUGGAUGCAACUUUUUCUUUUCAAUUCUGAUUCUGAAAGAAUUAAGCACAGUCAUUUGAAUAUUAAAAGCAAGUUUUUGUGUGACGACUAGUGCAUGUCUACUUUUAUAAAGAUCGAAAGUAAAAGUGUGUGCUAAAAUUAAUUCAGUUCAUUUUAAUCAUUAUCUUCAUUUUUGGCUCACUGUUAGUUUCUGAUGGAUAUGUUCAAUUUAAACAUAUUCAUAGUAAUCCUGUUUUAUUCAUUUGAUGAAUAAUAACUUUCACAAUUUUUAAACAUGCAUGUGUACAGCAGCUUUCAUUUUAUUACUGGGAUUGCUGUAUUGUUUAUCACUUUGCAAUAUUGACAUAAUAGCCUUAAUUGAUAUACGAGUCUAUGGCCAUUAUAAUGUACUCACUGCUUGACAGGGCAAGGUCCCUCUAGUGAGUAUUGAUCUCAAAGGUGCGUUCACAUCGCCAUUUUCCUCAAACCAGACCAUUUUCCAUUGUGUAAGGAAUUGUUUUUCAUUGUUAGGUUAUGUUGAUUAUUUUAAAGCUAAUUUGAAGAUGGAUGUUCACUUUUGCUGGAAAGAAUGUUAGUUAUCAUGGUUAUCAUAGAAGUGGCAGACAAGGUUACCCAUUGUAGAAAGUUCGGUAAAAUAUUCUGUUUUUGUUUUGGGACUUAAAACAGAAUAUAUACUAGAUAUUUAUACCAAAGAAAAAACACAUUUUUUUAUCACAGUAAGAAAGUUAACAUAUUUGAAUAAUGGUAUUCACAUAUUUCAUCGAGGAGUGUUAAAUGUUUAAGGCCAUAUGCUAUCUUACAGUGUUAGCCUGUGAUUUGUGUAUUUUCACAUUUUGAUAGCUUUACUUAGUAGUAUUAUUUGAUCAGAAAUACCAAGAGUACUACAAAUACACACAAUCUUUAUAUCUUUCAAAUAAUUCCUUUCUCAAAAAUCAGGUAAUUGUAAAUGCAUUGCAUACUUUAAUACUUGUCAGAGGUGUAUUACAUGUAAUAGAGUAUUAUAACAGCACAAAUGAUUAAUUCUUAAAAAAAAAAAAAAUUCUGUUAAAGAUACAGUAUUAUAGAUAUACAAAUCCAUUUCAUAAAUAUCAUAUAUAACAGAAUGAUUACCACUCAUAACUUCAUUUGAUAAGUCUGUGUGGAAUUCUUCUGUAAGAUAGCAUAUACCCUUAAGUGUCCAGUAUGGAAUUCAACAUUCCAGUGGUGUAGUAAUAAUACAGGUAGUAGAUGAUAUAAUAAUGCCAUAUUUAAUUUGCAUAAUUAUUUGAAGGCGCUUUACAGUACAUGCAGUAACUUUAUAAUUACAUAUAUAAAAUACAAACUUCUAAAGGAUUAACUUAUUUCAAGGGAACUUUUCCGAGGUUUGUAGUUAAAAAAAUUCUCUUUACAAUCUGUUGUAAAUAUACAGGAUGGUAAAAUAUGCCUAGUACACAAUUGUGACAUAUUCCAGUGUUGGACCAAAUGUAGAACAUCACAAACCAUACUGCAGGAUAGAAAGUUGUCUACAACUGUAAGCUUGUUUCAGUAUUUAUAUAUAUUGCACAAUAUUGUAGAAGUAGGAUAGUUUAAAUUAUUUGACAUGCUCUGUGAUCUCAACAGUGUAGUUCACUCGGCACUGAUUGUACAUAGAUGGUAUAUUACAUAGACUUACUUUUACAUGGAGUUUUCUCCGCCUUGGCAGUCAUACAUGUACUAUGUCACAUGUUAUAACUCUGUAUUGUGGUGUCAAUCUUUGUUAUUGAUAGUAUUAUUAACCAUUUGUGUAUAAAUCAAGGAGAUCAUUAUAUACUCGUGUCUUAUUUGAUUCUGGUUUAUAUUUUGUUUUAUUGUUUUUAUGUACUCAUGUAUGCAUCAGAUAUGUUUGUUUUAUUGGGUUUUUUUUAUUAUAUGAAUCGGUUUCUUUAAUUUCACAAUAGGUUCAUUCUUUGGGAGAUACAUUCAGAAUUAAAUCUUCUGUUCAUGUAAAUUUCACGGAUGUUUUUUUACUGAUGUUGAAAUAGUAUCCUCUCUAUUGUGAAUUAAAAGCAUUCGUUGAUAAAACAUUGAAGUAUAGUUUACAAAGUAUAUAUAUAAAUAUAAAGUGAUUUGCAGCAUCCGUAGUUAACAUAUUUGUUUUGUUGUUCUGUUUUCAAAGGAAAUAUUUUUCAGCAAGUUCUGUUCAUACAGUAUAAAACAGCUUACAUGAGAGUUAUCUUAAACUGUGUAGACGGAAAGUGUAGAAAAUGUUUCUAGUUGGACUGAAGUGCUCAAAACUGGUGUAAUGAGGUGGAAUAUGACGCAUGUAAUCAUAGGAUUUUUUCCCCAGUGCAAGAUGAUUAUUGUAUUUGUGAACAGUAAACAUUUGAGAAAGCUCGGUUUUACAGGAACUUGAUUGAUAUUUUUUUGUUAGAAUCAGGUGAGAUUUAUCUGAUGAAGUAGUUUUGGAAAUUUGAUGGUUUUGCAGUUUACAUGAACAGUAAGUAGAUUUGUUUUCAUCACUUAAAUCACUGUGGCCAGUGUCUACUAUUGUUUUGCUUACAACCAAGUGCUGGUGAAGUACCAGUUUUGUGGUAAAAGAGAACAAGGCUUAAUUGUUCAUACAUGUUGUCAGUGCUUGGUGCUGUGAUUUUUUCGUGAUAACAUCAUUAUUGAAUAAAUCAACUGAACGAUAAUC